CACAGUUCGUUGCUUGGUUGUGACUCCUAAGUUACACAGACGCUGUCAGGAAUGACAACCUGCACGGUUUACUAGCUCAUUACUUGAUUUAGGUAUGAAGAACAAAAGGGCAAAAUCUACCAAAUUCGGAAGUAACAGAAAAAAAGUCUCCAGUGAUGUCUCCCCUUCCACGAGCAUCCCUCCUCUCGUGGAGGGCCAGGUGCGGUGUUUUCUUCGAGCCACCAUGGGCAGGGUGGUGUGGGCAGCAGGCAGGCCGCCCCCCGUCACCCUGGUCCGACUUCGCUGGUGGGGGGAGGCAGCCGGUGGCACACUCUUCCGCCCCAGGGACGGAGCCCUCGCGCCACACAGAGACGUUAAAGACACCGCUCGUUUUCCAGUCCGUUGUGGACCCAAGCAGUUUACGUCAUAUUUGACAGAUAUGGGUUUACUGGUGCUGGAUGUUCUCACAAAACCUGAUCACUUACCCAUCGCACGUGUUCAAAUAGCUGGCAUUGCUAGAUUGUCUCUAUCCCACUCCAUUAAUGGAUUUUUUACCCUUGUGUCACCAACAUCUGAAAAACUGGGCAAGCUUCAGGUCACACUGGCCCUGGAGCCACUAACUGAGACCUAUGAUGGCAGUAGCUCUAUGCCAACCACAGACAUGAGCACAGAGGUGCCGGAGUCCGUACCUGGGCUGCGGCCUCCGGCUCUGUCUCUCUGUGCUCCAAGCAGCGCUGGAAGAGAGUCUGUAGGAAACAGUUCCAGCAGCACACCCAGGGGGAAGGAUCACCUGUACUUUCAAGGAAGAGGAAACGUUCCCUUCACAAGGAAAGCAGCAGGGCGACCUGAUGACCAGCAGAACAUUCUGCCUGCUCCAACUGCUGCUGUGGUUGGUCCUUCAACACCUGGACCGGACGCCUCUCUGGACCUCCUCUCUGUUCUCCUUGAGCGUGGUAGCAAGCUUAGCAACGCCAUGGUGAUCUCAGCAUUGAGGUCUGACAUCGGUUCUGACAUGGCACUGAAGGACACGCCCUUUCCUUUACCAAGAGACAACGCUGGAGCCGCUCCAUUAUCACCACCUAUGCCCUCCUCAGGACGGCUGCUUCAGGACAUCCUACGUUCUGACCUCCAGAGCUCCUCUCAGGACCCUGGGCUCACUGGUUCAGAGUGCAUGGCACACAUGCACAGCUCCGCUGUGGACUUGCUGCUGGGGAGUGUGUCUGGAUCGGUACUUCCUGUCUGGGAUGGUGAGAGUUCCCCACCAGGCUUGUUCUCGGCCUGCAGCAGUCUGCUCUUGGACAGUGACUUCAGUGAUCCGCAGUAUGAUCAGAGUCUCCUGGAGAACCUCUUCUACAGAGCUCCAUCUGACAGCUGUUUGAGUCCAACAGAAGAUGAGUCUCACUGCAAACAUAGCUCGGACAAAAAAAACAGACCGGUUGAGAAUUCUGGUCAGUGUGCAAGACCCGAGGAUAGUUUCCCUGAGCUCAGCGUGGACAGGGUUGCACUUCUGGGAAGAAUCCGUUUAGCCAGAGUUAGCAUCCUUCAGUUAGCACUCCCGACAAACACUACAGGUACACCAAGGAUGCUCUCAAAGAGAGGAAGACCACCUCUGCCUCUAACAACCAAGAAAUGCUCCUAUUUCGUGGAAUAUUUCUUUCCAUUACCAUCUUCUGAUAAGAACGAGCCUGGAUCUUCAGUUCCAGCCGAGGUCACGCGAGUCGUUUCCAGUAAAGUUGUGGAAGGAGCGUUGAACUUCCGUCAGCGCAGUGUCUUUCCAGUACACUUUGAUGGCCCCACCAUCAAGCGGUGGUGGGACACCAACCUUCCUUUCAAAAUCUACUGCAGGCAAAGUUUUCAGAAGAAGCCUGUUCCCAUCGGGAUGGCAGAAUUCCCCCUGCGCUGUGUGCUGCAGAGUGAUGAGCUGACCAUCACUACUGUCUUGCCUGUCCACACGCUGGAGGACAGCCCAAGCAAACAGGACACUGGGCCUCUGAAGGUGUCGUUUGAGCUAGUUGAAGACAAGAAGGGCUUCUCCUCCAAGAGCAGGUUGAGGAAGGUGGCAGGGGGCGCAGGUGCGUCCCCUCGGAGAAUGCUGUCCCAGGAGGCAGAUGUCUCCGCAGGGCCAUGGGACGGCGAGCACACAGGAGGGUUUCUGUCUCUCCGAGAGGAAGAGUACAGGACAGACUCCUCAAGGCGAGCAACUCCUCCCAACCACACCAUCCAAAUGUCCCGGUCCCGUUCUGCCUCACCACGAAGCGGAGCACCAGACCCUCGCCCCACCCAGGAGGAGCAGAGUGAUGUGCUGCUUCACGUCUUGCUCAUGGUCCCGGACGGGAAGGACUUCGUCUGCUCCCCCAUGCAGCCCAACGUCUAUCUGAACUGUAAGCUGUUUGGGUCUGAGGAGUGCACGCGAUCCAUGGUCAGCUGGGGACAGACGCAGCCAACAUUCAGCUUGGUUCAGGUUGCUCCAUUGACUCUCACUUCCAAACUUCUGGAGAGAAUGAGGAACAAUGUCAUGGUAAUAGAGGUUUGGCUGAGGACCAGCAGGUCAGAUGAGGACAAACUCCUCGGGCUGGUUAAACUGCCUCUGCAUCAGUUCUACAUGUCCUUCAGAGACCCCAAGGUCUCCCAGCUGCUCCUGCAGGCUGAGUACCCCGUGGUGGCGGUGGACGGCUACGUGCCCGUAGUGGACAUCUUCACGGGUGACGCUCGUGGGAGCCUGAGGGUGUGCUUGGCCAUGGGGCAUGCCCAGCAGGUCGUGGCCCUCCAGCGUGGCAGAGACGAGGAGAUGGGCUCCGGAGCUCAGCCGCCCCGGCCGACCCACCUGCUGGACCAGAGCCCUGCAGCGGACAGGAAGGCGCCCACGGCCGGCGAGGUUGUAGCUGACGUCCUGAUGGAGCACGUGUUUGUGGUGCGGGUGGAGAAAGUGAAGGGCCUGACCCCGCUGCAGUCCACCGUCUGGGGAGAGGCAGACUGCUACACACAGUACUCCUUCCCCACCCAGGAGGUGGAGGCCAUGGAGCACAUCAACCCACACACUGUGGAGAGCAGUAAGCAGCUGUCUCUAGAUCUUAAGCCCUACCGAACAGCUACCACACUCUGCGUACCUGAUCCUGUGUUUGGACACUGCGAGACGCAUGUUCUGCUAGCGUCCCCUGGUGUUCCCGUGCAGAGACUGCUCCUCAGCUCCCUGGCCAGCCAGGGCCUCGCUAACGGGGGAGGAAUCCAGUUUGAAGUGUGGUGCAGGUAUUACUACCCAAAUGUUCGGGAACAGCUGGCAGCCAGAGGCACUCUGCCCAUGGCCAAGCUGUGUGCCAUGGUGACGCUGCAGGGCCGGAGCCAAGCCACGGGGACAUUCCAGGGUCAGAGCCCAGCCGAGGCUCAGCUCUUCUCCCUCCCACUCAUCCCAAGGACAGACAGGCCUUCCAAGAUCCAGCCCCAGCCUUCAGGGCUCCUUGAAGUGAGUGUUCAGUACAGGAGCCGACCAGUGAGGAUGAGCGGUGUGAGGAGUGGUGUAUCCCCCCGCGUGGUGUACCUGCUAGUGGGCUUGCACAGAGCCAUGGGACUGCAGGCUGCAGCACGCGCCCUGGGCCUGCCGUACUUCUCUGAGGUAGGGGUGAAUGCCCUGGUGAGUGUGCAGCUGUCCUUCCUGCCGGCACAGGAGAGCCAGAGCACGCGUGUGGUCGCACGUACCUUCUGCCCCGAGUUUGAGUACCACGCCGAGUUCUGCUGCCCUCUGCUUAUUCAGAGGGAGGGCGGCGAGAGCGUCAGUCUGGCUGAGCUGCUACAGGAGGCUACGGCUGUCUUCACUGUUUACCACAGAGACACACACAAGGGGGUCCCAUGGAGGUCGAGGGACGGUGUGCUGGGCUUGGCGAGAGUUGGGCUAGCAGAUCUCCUUCAUAAAAGAACAGGCGUUUCCGGCUGGUUCGCUCUGUCCCUGCCCCCUGGCUUGGGGGCAGGAUGCAGCCUGACACCGGUGGGCGGGCUGGAGCUGUCCAUAAACUUCGCCCAGUGCGCAGACCGUGAGCGCCUGCUCAGGUCAGCCCAGCUCCUGGGCUGGGAGGUCCCAAAACCCGGCGAAGAGGAGGAGGAUGAAGAGGAUGGAGACGCGUCUUCAGAGCGGCACCGCCUGCUGGUGUUGUCUGUGUCCGUACCGCGCGCCUGGGUUCCCGUCCACUGCCUGCUGCUGCCGGGCCACAGUGAACUUCAGCGAUCCACCUACUGUUACUACAGAUACAAGCUGUAUGAGCAGGAGGCCUGCUGCUCUGCCCUCAGACGCCCAGCCCUGGAGCAGGGCAGGGCCACGCUGGCCUUCCCGGUUGCCCACAUCCUGGAGCUGAGAGAGACUCAGCCUCUGCGCUGGUACCUGAGGGAGGAGCGGUUGGAGGUGCAGCUUUGGGUCUCUUUUGGGAAACAGAAGAGAGUCCGUCCGCACGACUCUGAUCGCCUAGUCGGAUCUGCCUUCAUCAACCUCUCAGCACUGGCAGCGGUAAAAGACAAGCAGACAAUAAGUGGUGUGUACCCUCUAUUUAAGCGUUCUGCUGCUGACAUGGGAGGAGCUGCUCUGAGAGUCCACAUCGCUGCGACCACUGACUCCGCCCCAUACACAGCCCUGCCCACCAGCCAGGAAGAGGUGGAGCAUCUGAGUAACUCAGGAGAGGAAGAGGAGGACAGGGAGCCCUCGUCCGGCAUGUCUAGACAGUCUCACACCUCCAGCAGCGUGCAGGGAAGGCCUGACCGCAGAUCAGCAGUGGUGCAGGCAUCCCACGACACAGAGCUCCCGGAUGACAAGUCCUUCACAGCGACAGUCAGUGUAGAGAGAGCCAUGCACCUCAGUCUGAGAGGUUGUCCUUUAGCUGAGCGUGGUGAUGUUCUCCCCAGCUGCUGUGUGUCGUACGCCACAGCUGAUGCCCCUGGCGUGGUGACCACGGCUGUGGUGCGGGACAGUGGCUGUCCUGUGUGGGACCACCAGCAGGACUGCAGGCUUUCCAAGGAGCUUCUUGUGGAUCCACAGCAGUUGCUGGUUUUCAAAGUUUGGCACAGAGGAGACGUUGAGAGGGUCAUCGGCUUCGCCUCUGUGGACCUGUCCCCACUCCUGUCUGGCUUUCAGUCCGUGUGUGGCUGGUACAACAUCACAGACUUCAGCGGGCAGUGCCAGGGACAGCUCAAAGUGGCUGUGUCUCCCCUGGUGGGUGUGCAGCAGCUCCGUCCCCAGAGGCAGGCUGCCUGCGAGAUCUCUGCCCCUGAUGCCAGUACUCUGUUUAGUGCCCUGCCACUGUGUUACCAAACCACGGGCAUGUACAGGAGUUUCCCCAGCCACAAGAUCAGCUCCUCCUCCGAACACCUCCGCCUGCUCUCUGCCAGGUCUGCUGUGACUGAUCAUCGCGAUGAGCACAUGGACAGCGUUCACUGUUUCCACCCGGCUGUGCAGGGGGCGGGGAGCAGCUCACUGGCUCCCUCUGCAGGAGACACCCAGCACUCCACCUCAGCGCUCAUCUCGGCUCUCAGAAAGAACCUUACUGAGCUGGAUGAUAUUCAGAGGUACUUCAGCCGCAAGUUGUCCACUCCUGAGUUCUCUGGAGAGGCAGAACAGGGCCGCCAGCCUGGGCAGGAGAAGCACGGAGGUCCGGCAUACUGUCCACAGACACUGGAGGGAGACGCCCAGAGCGUCAUGAAGGGUGUGCGUGAACAUCAGAGUGAAGCAGCAUCUUCAAACACCGUUAGGGACCAAACCCCACCUGCGGGUCAAACAGAAGUGUGUUUGUUCUCUGCUGAGGGUCAUUUAACACCAGUAGAGUCUGAGAGCAGUAAGACAGAGACCUGUUCUCAGAAAGACCUAGAGACUAGACUGGAGAACAUCUCCACUCUCAUCUCUCCUGACCCAGAAGAGUCCAGCCUUUCCUCCAUCCCUGAGGACCUCCACGAGGACCAGUGCUCCACUGGUGGUGAUGAUGGAGAGAAUGAGGAAGAACAGGACGAGGAGUUUGAAGAGAUGCUGAUAGAACCUCGUCCUCUGAAUGAGGUUACCUCGGUGACGGAUAGGACCAGCCCCUGGACGAGUGUCCUGUCUGAUCCUGAUCUUGGUUCUUUAGAGAGUGUGGAGGCGGUGGGCCAGCAUGGGUGUGGGUCCAGCCUUCCACAGGAAAAACAGAGAGACACUGCCAUGGCAAUGUCCCCUGCUCCCUCCCAACCUCUGACCUCUGAACUCACUGAUGCAGACCUGUCUGAUGGGUUUGGAUCAGUCGCGGAGUGUGCAUGUGUAAGUCCUGGCAAGGGGCACAGUGAUGAAGAGGAGAAGGUCACUGUAGGUCUGCGUGAGGAGCACAGUGAUGAAGAGGAGAAGGUCACUGUAGGUCUGUGUGAGGAGCACAGUGAUGAAGAAGAGACGCUCAGUGUCGGUUUGCGUGAGGAGCACAGUGAUGAAGAAGAGACGCUCAGUGUCGGUUUGCGUGAGGAGCACAGUGAUGAAGAAGAGACGCUCAGUGUCGGUUUGCGUGAGGAGCACAGUGAUGAAGAGGAGAAGGUCACUGUAGGUCUGCGUGAGGAGCACAGUGAUGAAGAGGAGAAGGUCACUGUAGGUCUGUGUGAGGAGCACAGUGAUGAAGAAGAGACGCUCAGUGUCGGUUUGCGUGAGGAGCACAGUGAUGAAGAGGAGAAGGUCACUGUAGGUCUGCGUGAGGACUCCACACAGGGCAUCCAGCAGACUUUAUACCACACUCAGCAGGACAGCACGUCUGGUUCAGAAGAUGAGUCGCAAUUACCUCCCAGUACAGGACCCAGUACAACAGCAUGUGCUGUAGACCGUUAUGAAACUCACACAAAGCUCUGUGAUGCCGUAGAGAUUCCAAAUUUCUUCCUCCCAUCACACCACUUAGAAGCAUCGAUGAGAGCUCUGCGCUUGGCGCCUGUGUUCCCCUCUGUCUCCUCAGGGCCUGGGACUGUGAAGUCUGAGGGUACAUAUCGAAGAGCCUUUCACCCAAAGACACGCAUUCCACCAUUGUCAGCAAACGGAGAAGAAACAAAACGAAUUGCAAAGAUUUUUGCCACCAAUUUUACAGAGCAAAGUUGACACUUCACAAGAUUUACACAGACUUGUACUCCUCUCUUUCCAUGUGUUGUGUACAGUAAAUUUACAUAAUUAUUUAUUGAUUGCAUAAAUGUAUAUCUAAAUAAGGUCCAUGUUUACUACAGCUAUUUUGAAUAAUGUUAGAAAUAAAAAAAGAUUGUGUAUUUGCUGUAAGUAUUUUUAUUUUUCUAAAAGAGUUAAAAGCAGAUAAUAAAGCAGCUUUUAUUUUCA